AUGCCAGCCCUUGAGAGAGGCCUGACCAAGGCACUGAAGAAACUGGAUGACUACCUGAACACCCCUCUCCCAGAGGAGAUCGAUGCCAACACUCGCGGGGACGAUGAUAAGGGGUCCCGGCGCAAGUUCCUGGAUGGGAAUGAGCUGACCCUGGCUGACUGCAAUCUCUUGCCCAAGCUCCAUGUGGUCAAGAUUGUGGCCAAGAAAUACCGCAACUAUGACUUCCCAGCUGAGAUGACAGGCCUGUGGCGGUACCUCAAGAACGCUUAUGCUCGGGACGAGUUCACCAACACCUGUGCAGCUGACUGUGAGAUUGAGUUGGCCUAUGCAGAUGUCGCCAAGCGCCUCAGCCGAUCCUGA